GAGUCUCUUGGGAAGAUUAGAUGGACAGUUUAGUUAAGCAAAGAAGAGGAAGGGUGUCAAUUUCUGAAUCCAAACAAACGGAUUUUCCAAAGCUAUCGGAACUGGCCAUAACCGAUAAUCCAGCAUUAAAUUGGCUGAAAAACCAAUCAUAUUGGUACGAAAAAAAUGACUACUACAACGAGAAAGAGAGUGAAUUCGCAGUUUCUAUUGCGGCUGCUGCAUUUGUCAUUAGAUCAAUGGAGGAAGCAUAUGAAGAAAAGACAAAAAAGAUAAGAGAGGAAAUCAAGAGGUCGCGGACGAAGAAAACCAAAUCGGUAAUACCUAAAACUGAAGUAAAGAGACUAAACGAAUCAUUUACUCAAGAGGUGCAUAUUGGAGAGGAGAGUUUCAGAAAAAAGCCGUCGGAAUAUUCACCAGAAAACCGUCGGACACAAGAGCUUGGCUCAUCCUCCAGAGCAUCAGGACUUGCUAGAGCGCCAAGUAAAGCAGAUUCUUGGGAAAACACUCAAAUGAAUAAGAUUAAAUUAAGGUAUGAGAAAAUGAAAGCUGAAAUUGUGGGCUGGGAAAAUGAGAGAAAAUUAACAGCUAAACUCAGAAUGGAGAGGAGAAAGAGUGAACUGGAGAAGAGAAAAGAAAUAAAUAACCAGCAUUACAAGUCAAAAUUAGCAAGGAUCCAACUAAUUGCUGAUGGAGCUAAGAAACAGCUCGAGGAGAAGAGGAAGAGCAAAGAAGCUCAACUUCGAGAUGAAGUAAAGAAAAUGCGUCGAACGGGCAAAGUUCCCAUCAAUUACUUCUGCUUUCGGUGUUACUAAAAUCAAGAUUAGUUUUAUAAAUUAAAUUGAUAUUUGUGGAUAUCUAUGAAAGAAAGAAAAAUCGAGAAACUCAUGAUAUCUAAGAUCAUAAAUAAAAAAAAC